UCAAUGGAAGGGUCGAUGGUUGUGUAGGCUGCAAAUAUGAUUUGAAAUAUCAACAAUUCACUAUUGCAAAGAUGACAACGAUUACCUACAACGCAUGAUUGUUGACAGCAUGACUUAAUGUUCGUUCAAAUUGACAUCCUGUUUCCGUUUGAAGUCUGCUGGUGAAUCGAGAAACAGUAGCCAUGCCGGGAGCGAGGAAUCUAGCGGGAGGAAUCGUGUUCACAACAGUUCUGUAUUUUUCAAGCUUUUUUGGCUCCAUAGUGCUUUUGAUGCCAUUCCUUCCCUUGAUAAUACUGAAGCCAAAAUGGGCAAGGAGUAUUCUGGAUUUUUUCCUGUACAUGUGGUUCUCAUUUGCAGUGGCCAUGUAUGAGUUGAUGCUGGGGGUAAAGAUCAAGGUCCAAGGUCGACCUUCCAAGCCAACAGACAGUGUGCUGAUCUUGAUGAACCAUCGCACACGACUUGACUGGCUGUUCCUCAUGUCCUACCAGCUCCGAUGCGGCUCCCUCAGGCAUUACAAGAUCUCACUCAAGGACCAGCUCAAGUUUGUCCCGGGACCAGGCUGGGCUAUGCAGGGUGCGGCGUUCCUGUUCUUAAAGCGGCGGUGGGAAGUAGACCAGCCAGUCAUCACUGCAGCACUGAAAUACUUCCGCAAGGUUAACUACAGGUUACAGUUUCUGUUGUUUCCUGAGGGUACCGACUUCACUGCAAAUACUCUGUCAAAGAGUGACAAGUUUGCAGAGAAGAAUGGCUUCCCUAAAUAUAGAUACGUCCUUCACCCUCGAACAACGGGCUUUGUGUUUCUCGUCCAGCAGAUGAAAGAAGAAAAACUUCUCGAUUCUGUUCUCAACAUUAGUGUUGCAUAUCCCAAAACAAUGCCCAUUGGGGAAUUUGAUGUAUUUACUGGGAAUUUCCCCGAAGAAAUACAUUUCCAUGUGAAUUCCACGCCAGUUGUUGAUUUCCCUACCUCGUCCGAAGGCCUCGUCAACUGGUGUCAAAAUCGCUGGUCCGAAAAAGAAGAACAGCUCCGCUUGUAUUAUGAAAAAAGAGAGUUCUCUCCCUUUGAGAAACAAGCCAAAGAUAUGAUCUACGACACAGUAGAAACUUAUAGUGAAGAGUCUGUGAGGAGAUAUCUUUAUAAAGUGGUGGCAUUCUGGUGUAUUUUCAUCAUCUUAGUGUUUUACUCCCUGUUUGAAGUAUCAUUGUUUCGAUGGUACUCCCUUUUCAGCAUAAUCGCAUUUAGCGUAUUGGAAAGAAAAUAUGGUGGUUUGGACACCAUCCAGUUUUUUAAUGAUUUUUGAUGAUUCUACAAAGUAUAUUCAAUAAGCUACUUCAUAAUCAUAAAAGCUAUUCAAAUUAUUUAUUAGUUCGGAUAUGAAAUCAGUAUGUAUGCUGUAGUGUCAUCAAUAUUAGUUUCCUGUAUUCAGAUAUACCCUUCUUUUGUAUGCAGUAUCAAGUAUCCACAAAAGACAGCAAUGGUUACUUUGUGUGGUCCUGUCUUCAGGAUGUCUAGCAAAACAAUAUGGUUAUAAAGUAACAUGGUUAUUAAUAAUGUUAUGAAGUAGCUUUGUUAUAGUGUAACAUGUUAAAAGUAACAUGGUGAUUAGGUAACAUAGUUAUUAAGUUAGUAAGUGAUAAUGAUGUUACAAUGUUACAAAGCAACAUGUUUAUAAUAUUGUGCAACAUCGCUAAAAAGUGGCUUUGUUGUGGUGUCACAUGUUUUAAGUAACAUUGUGAUUAAGUAACAUUGUUAUCAAGUAAUGUGAUAAUGAUGUAACAAUGCUACAAAGUAACAUGUUUAUAAUGCAACAUCGCUAUAAAGUGGCUAUGUUGUGGUGUAACAUGCUGUUGUGUAACAUGGUUAUUAUGUAACAUUAUUAAGUAACUUGAUUUCAUGUACGAUGGUUAAGUAACAUGAUUAUUGAAUAACAUGAUUAUAAUGUGACAUGUUAUUAUGCAAUGUGGGUAAGUAACAUGCUAUGAUGUAACAUCGUUAUUAAGUAACAUUAUUAAGUAAUGUGCUAUCAUGUAUGAUGGUUGUUAAGUAACAUGGUUAUUAAAUAACAUGAUUAGAAAAAGACAUGUUUUUGUGUAAUGUGGUUAAGUAACAUGUUAUUGUGUAACAUGUUAUUGUGUAACAUGGUUAUUAAGUAACAAGAUUUUAUUAAGUGACAUGUUAAAUUUUGUUAUGUAAUAUGGUCAGGUAACUUGAUUAUUAUCAUGAUUAUGUAACAUGGUGAUGAAACUAGUGGGAAAGAAUUCUCAUCUUUCUUAAUAUAUUACAUUAUGGAACUUAGAGGAAUGAAAUGAGUUGCAGCAAUUAGCAAAAUGAUGUUUAUUUUGCUACCUGAACAAAAUAGAAAUGAAGAAAUGUAUACUUGGCUGAUCUUUGGCCUGUAUUUCAUGAGACUGAGCAAUACAUUAAAUGAGUCUGUAGUCUUUAUUUCAUGUUUGGAUCUUGCUACCAUGAAAAUAAAAACAGUUUGUAGUUAUCAGCUCGGAUGCAGAUGUAUUUUAGUGAACAUAUUCAGUAGAACUCACACAAGUGUGUAUGUUGUGGAUUGAUAACAAAGUUAAUCCAGAAUUCAGAAUUUAGUCAUUUUUUUCCAAGACCUUUUCCUUAGACGUGCUUAAAUAGGUCAGUAUAUGUGAGAUGUCUCGAGUGCAAUAUUGAAUAUGUGCAUGUGUGUCAAUGGUUUGUAUGAAAAAAAUGUUAAUUUUUUAGAAUUUUUUAAGAACCUAGAUUUUACGUGUGUGCACUAAUGUUUGCCCAAUUAGUAAAUGCUGAAGAAAACAAUGGGACUAUGCGGCCUUUGUAUCAUUAUUGAUUAUAUAGAUGUGUGUUAUCCAAAACAUAUUAGUGAAAACAAAUCAAGAUACAAAAUUAUACAUUUAUGAAGGAAUCUUUUAAACAUGUUAAAAAUGGAUUCGCGUCGAAUUUUGGAUGGAGGGGAUAUUUUUUGUUAUGUAAUGAAGAUAUUCAACUAUUAAAAGCCAAGCUUCAAAGGCAAUAGCCACAAAAUCUCUGUCAGAAAUGAAAUUAUUGUAUAGAUAGUAAAUACCCAACAUAUUUUGAAUAUAUUUUUCCUGCUAAACUGACCUAUACUAUGCCUUAUCAAAUAAAAUAUAAAAUUAUCGGAUAAUCAUUAACUAUAUAAUAUUUCGACCUUUCUAAAAACAAAUCUGUAGAUAUAUCUAUUGAAAAACUAUGGCCUAGCAUCUCUUUGAACCAGUAUGUAUUUCACAAUGUCGGUAAUUUGAUAUGUAAACAAUAGUGUAAUGUCCUGAAGGGAGUUUAAAAGUCGACUGUCUCAGCCUAUAAUACUGUCAAACAGAAGGCCUGGGUUGCCAUCCCACAUGGGUACAAUGUGUAGCCCAUUUCUGGUGCCCCAAACUGCUAGCUCUCUGGAAUAUGACUAAAUAUUGUAUUAAACCAUACUCCCUCGCCUCGUCUCACAAACUAUACCAGCAGUUAAGGAUGUCUGUAAUAUGUUUUAUUUUGGAUUAACAAAUUAUGUACGAACGCCUUUUAUUCUAUUUUUAAUGCAUUUUUCACCACUGCGUCAAAUUAGAAGCAUUUGGGUUAGUCUCACAAACUCUACUUCAUUUCAGUAAAGUAUCAUUAAGAAUAAUAUGCUUGAUUGGUUGAUGGGUAAAACCUGGAAGAAAAAAUUGUGUUAUGUUUUGCAAGUUUAGAAAAAAGUUUCCUUUCAAUGUUUCACUUAACUUUUUGCCAUGACAUCCCAUUCAUGCCAUUAUCGGAUUGUUAUGUCACACACCGAAGUAACCAUGGCAACAAGGCAGAGCUAAAGAACCAACAAUAAUUUGAUAUUACAGUCCGUUUGACUCCAAAUGAGAAUGAUGAAUUGCAAAAUAACUCGAAA